UGUCACCAUGCCGAUGCUAGGAGGAAUCCCCGGCCACCCCAAGAGCAAAGUGCUCUUAACUGGCGGCACCGGCUUCAUCGCCUCGCAUAUCCUCGAUCACCUCCUCGAAUGCGGCUUCGACGUCGUAGUAACCGCCCGCUCCCAAGUCAAAGGCGAGCGGAUCCUCGCCUCCAUCGCCAAUGCCCCCAAUGUGGUCAACACCGUCGGCUGCAAAGUGACAUACGCUGUGGUAGACAACAUUGCUCAACCAGGAGCUUUUGAUGAGGUCAUCAAAACGAACCUCCCCCUCCACUACUGCAUCCACACCGCCUCACCCUACCAGCUCUCCUUCUCGGACCCAGUGUACGACUGUCUCCGCCCGGCCAUAGACGGCACCCUCUUCCUUUUGACUUCUCUCCAGCAGCACGCCUCCUCCUCCCUCAUCCGCGUCGUCUUCACCUCCAGCAGCGCCGCCAUCCUCAACCCGCCCAACCACCGCCCCGUGUACGACGAAUCCUCCUGGCCCGAUGACGAAACGCUGAACUGGGAUCUGGCCAAAGACCCGAGCGCGCCCGGUGACACGACGUACAGAGCGAGCAAGAAGUUCGCGGAGCAAGCGGCGUGGAACUUUAUGGAGGAGCAUCACCCGAGUUGGGAUUUGGCGACGAUCAAUAAUACGUAUACUUUUGGGCCGCUGCCGAGGAGUCUGGAGGUUACGGAUGGGGGUGAGUGCAAAGUUAAUACGUCGAAUGAGAGGAUUGUUGAUUGCUUGACGGGCAAGUGGAGCGAGCGGAUUCCGCCGACGGCGCCGGUGUUCACUUGCGUGGAUGUGAGGGACGUGGCGGUGGCCCAUGUGAGGGCGAUGACGAGGCCGGAGGCGGGAGGGAAGCGGUUUUAUGUUGUUGGUGGGUACUUUUGCAAUGCGGGGAUUGCUGGGGUUGUCCAUGGAAUGUGUAGGGCGGAUCGGGAUGGAGGCAGGGAGGCUGAGAAGGGGAAAGAAGUGGAAAUGUGUCAACAGUGUGUCAAGUUUGAUGAUCUCCCGGAGAAUCACUGGAUGUUUGACAAUACUAGGAGUAAGAGGGUGCUGGGGCUCGAGUGUAGAAAGAUGGAUGAGAGCGUGGUGGACACCGUUAGGAGCUUGAGGGGGAUGGGGAUUGGGGAGGGCAAUCCGCAGAUUGCCGGACAUUGGGAUUACGAUGAGGGAACUUUGCCGAACUAG